AUGUCUUUCCAGUUGUUCCCUCCUCCCCAGAAGAAGCCAAACAGGCCAAUCAGCCUCAGGCGCCCACAAAAGCCUGCUAGCCCAGAGCCGGCUCUGGAGCUGGCGGAGCGCGCAAAGUCGCCGGUCGAUUUUCAUGAGUUGGUCAUUGAGGUCAACUCUGAGCCGAUCUCCUCCGUAUCCGUACCCGUUCCUGCACCUGCACCAGCACCUGCACAGGCCAGUUCAUCGAGGCAGUCUUCACAAAGUGCACCUGUAAUAGCGAUACCCGAGCCAGCCAGGACGAGGAGGCCAGUGACAACUUCCAAGUCAACCAUCAGGAAGCCUCUAUCUCCCAUUUCGGAAAAGUCGGCAUCAACUUCACCCCUCCAGGCCAACGUUGCGCCUCUUCCAGAGACUGGCUCACCUUCCCGACAAACUCCCGCCUCAGAGAAGAACACUUCCCCCAUUCAUUAUCCGGAUCGUCAGGCAACCGCCUCACCCUCGUUUUCGGAUAGUACGACGCUCGUUCGAAGCAACAGCGCUGCCACACAGCAGACGCCCCAUGUCAGCCCCCAUGGCGUUCCGGCGAUGCGUUCCAUCUUCCCGCGCUAUAACCCCAAUGUUCCGCUUUCUCAACAACAAUACAAACCAACUCAGCCAUCCCCCACGGAGAUUUCAAAAGACAAGAUCAGCAGACCGUCGUAUUCCCCAAAAUUUUACAUCCCGCACAGCAAUGUCUCGCAAGGAAGAUUGAAAGAGACUCCUUGUUACACGCCGGCAAGAGAGCUCAACCAUUUGUGGAACGCAGCCAACGGAAAGCCUUCGGAGGAGUCCAAACGGACUUUUAGCCUGCAAAUGCACGGCCGCGACGUGACUGCGUCUUCCAGCUCUUCGCGCGAACCUACGCUUCUCUUCGGUCCUUCCCCCGCCCAGCCAAUGUACAGCCUGAAGCAAUACGACGUCCAAAAUAUAGACUCAACCGCCUCUGCAUCCGACGUGCCGAGCCAAGAGCUACUCAUUUCCCGCCACCACCCGACUCAACCCAAAUCGUCAUCCUUCCCUAUCGCUCACCUCACCGUCCACAUUCCUCCGCCGCACGCACCUCAAGAAAAACCAGAGUCCUUCUACCAGGACAGAUCUCCCACGCUCAUCACGACCAUUCACCCGAAACUGGCCUCCCUCGCCGCCCUGGAAGCCGCAGCACAAACGACCCGCGCCGCGGAAAUCGCCCGCGACGACCCAACUGCCACGUCCCAAGCCGCCGCCCGCCUAGCUGCAGAAGCGGUUGCCAAGUCGGAGGCCGAGCAAAGCUGCCUGUUGGUGUACUGCCCUGUUUCCGAACAGCUCGUCGAGCCGUACGCCACACACAAAACCGGCACGUACGAGCUCCGCCACCCUAAGCUCGGGGCAUUCCCCAUUGUCGUCCAAGGCGAUGUCCGCCGCGACCUUGACGGCCGCCCGAGCAGCAAAAAGGCUAGUAGCAGCAGCAACAACAACGACAAAACCAGCGGCAGCAUCACGAUCCUAAACCCGUACGCAACGCCCCGCCGCGCCUCGUCCGCCACCAGCACAGCAAAACACGCCAAGAACCCCAGCGCGGGCUCCUGCGCCUCGACCUCGACCUCCUCAACCACGUGCUCGCACUCCGAUCCCGAACCCGAACCCGAACAAUCGCAUGACGAAGUCCUCGCCCGCCUCGCCCUCGCCUCCAACACGCUCACCCUCGACGCGGCCGCCCUCUCCGCCCUCGCAGCCCCGUACCUCCUCGACGUCGCCGUGUGCGCCGUCUUCGCCGUCUGCGCGGCCGAGACGCUGCGCGAGGGCCGGGCAUUGCUGCUACUGCCGUCGCCGAAACGCUCGGGCUCGGGCUCGGGCACCGGCAAGGCAGCCGAGGGCCAUGUUGUCGGUGUCGGUGGCGGCAGCAUGCCUGGCUCGCCCGAAGUGCAGCUGGUAUUUGAGGGCCCGCCGACGCGGGCCGCGAGGGGGGGUGUGAAGGGCGAGGGGAGGAAGCACGCCGCGUGGUUUGGCAGUGUGGGGAAGGCGAAGGCGAAGGCCAAGGCCAAGACAAGCGAUUUGGAGGCCCAGCAGGAGGAGGAGGAGAAAUUGCCGCUUUUGGUGCGCGUUGUGCUUGCGUUGUUGACGUUUGCGUUUAAGUUCGCGCUGUUGAUUUUGCUGGUUGGAUGGAGGGUUCUGAGGGGCGUGUUGAGGGGGGUGGGUAGGUGCGUGGAUCGCGCUUAG